AGUUCCCCUCUCGAAAGACUAAUAGGCAAUCAACAUUUGUUAAUCUAUACUGUCAUGUGUACGAGAAAUAAGGUUACAAUUUUUUUGAAAUGGAAUGAUUUUUUGUUUGUAUGGAUUGAUUAUCGAUUUUAUUUUAUUUUCUUUAUUUAAUAUAUAGAGUGCUAAAAUAUUCAUCUUAUUUGUUAACGAAUGCUAGGUUUAUGUAGUGAAAAGAGUUAGAAAACCAACUAAUAUGAAAUGAUGUUGCAGUAGGACGAAGAUAACAAUGAUAGACCGUGAAUGGAUGUAUAAUAGGGUUAAUGGAAAUUUUUUGAGUUCAACUUAUGCACAAAAAGUCGACGAGUUUAUUGAAUUUUCUUGUAAGCAAGAUAAUUUUAUGAUUGAUGGGCAAGAUAAAAACUUAUGCUUAUUUUUUAUGACAUUGUUCUACUGAUUUGCUAGUGUUUGAUUCUGCUUAGUUCUAAUCUUUUAGUUCUCAUCUUUUCUAUUAUUGAUUUUGCUAUUAUGAUGUUGAUUUGUUCUGUUAUUCUAAUGCGUUUGAUUAUAUUCGUAUGCUGUCUUUGUUGUUGAUUUGCUUGUUAUUUUGUAUGGUUUUAAUAUUUUCUAUGGUAAUUGUUCUACUGAUUUGCUUGUUAUUUUUUAUGAUUAUUUUAUGACAUUGUUCUACUGAUUUGCUGAUUAUUUCAGUGAUUAUUUUAUGACAUUGUUCUACUGAUUAUUUUACUGAUUAUUUUAUGACAUUGUUCUACUGAUUUGCUUGUUAUUUUGUAUGGUAAUUUCAACAUGCAGAUGUCAUACAGGCGUAGAGGUGGCUUGAAUGGGAGGGGUGCCAUCAUUCGACCUCCGGGAUACCGUUAUAAUGGCCUAAUAAAUACUCAUAUUAUGGGUGAAGAGACUCAAGAUCGGCUGCCAAAUUAUGGGCAUGUGGCAGAAGAAAGCACGUUGAAUUUUGUGCGUAAUUCUGGGUACCGUGCAACAGCAAGCAUGCUUCAUCAUGUGCCUAGUUCUGUGAUCCAGGCAACAACAAGCACCACCAGCCACCAAGCAGCAGCAAGCACCAAUCACACUUUUCACCAGGCAACAACAAACAUGACAAUGGAAGCACCUAACACAGUUCAUCAAUUGCCAAACACAGUCCACCAGGUGCUCCAUCAAGUGCCCCACACUAACCCCCUCCACAAUGCUAAUGUAGGCAAUAAUCACGAGGCAAUCACAAACACAACUGAUGAGACAGGCAACCCUGAAAAGGAAGAACAUGUGUUGCACCCUGAUGGAUUAUGGUUCUCCCAUCGUGCUGUGGUUAAUAAGGUUUCUGCUACAUCUUAUAAGUCAUAUUUUAAGGGACCCUAUUGCAAUUGGAAGAUGACUCCACCACAAGUUCAACAGAGGUGGUGGAAUACUUUCAAGCACGAGUUCUCUUGGGAUCCAUCAGUAGCUAAGAUUGUUAAGAAGGGAUGGAAAUCUAAGGUGAGUAGGCGCCUUACUGGUAUAGUGUCAAAGGUGUGCAAUGAACCUGGCUACGAAGCUGAAUGGUGUCCUCCUACCGUAAGGGAAGAAAUGAUUCGGAUUAGAUCAGAAGAGGAGAACAAAAAAAAAAGCAGAGCAAUGUAAGAAAAAUAGGAAUGGAAAUGGAGACCAUAAGAUUCACCAUCGACAAGGAUCCAUAUCUACAGAUGAAGUGAGGCUAAAAUUGGAAAAGAAGCUGGGAUAUCAUCCAUCUCCAUCUGAGGUUUACUAUGAAACUCAUGCGGAUAGUGGUGGUCGCUUUGUUAAUGCUAAGGCAGAAGCUGUGUGGAAUGAUUUUAAAAGUAGAAAAACCGCAAAUUUACAAUGUGAAGUUGAGAAUCGAAAGACUGAAGAUGAGUUGUUCCUUGAAGCUACGGGUGGGUGGAGUGAAAAGGGAAGGAUAUUUGGUUUGGGGGCAGCUGCUGAUUCUUUCUAUGAGAGACCGGGAGAUAGGAGAACCAAAAAGUCACGAACAAACUAUGCGAUGGAACAAAAGAGGGAGCUUGAUGAAACUAAGGAGAGCCUAGCUGAAACCCAAGAGAACCUUGCUGAAACUCAAAAAAUGCUUGCCGAAACACAAAGAAUUAUGGAGGAUCUUAAUGAAAAAUUUCGACUUAUUGUGCAAGCCAACAAUCUCUCAACCACUCCUACUUCUACAUCCUUGCCUUGAGUUCCACUUAUUUUGUGAAUGGAUGACCGCAACCUUUGAUUGAAGAUUGCUCUUUGGAUUGAAGGUGGAUUUUUUGUACAUGCUGUGAAGUCUGAUGUUAUUUUAUUUAGCAUGCAUAGUACUUAUAUUCUUCUAACAUAGGCCUCAAGGUAUUAUAUUUUGUAAUUAAAGGUACUAAUUGUUAACCUUGAUUAGAGGGGCAGUUUGUGCAUAGUGGUACAAGCUCCUCCACUUGUUGGCUACUUUCUAAGAUUAGUUAAUUGGAGGGGCUGCUUUUGUAGUACAUGAUGUUACUUUUGGACAUACUUGAACAAAUUCUGUUAACAUUAUCAAUUAUCAUUUUGUGA